CUCGGUUAGCGCGUUCAUGAGGCAUAGUCCACUCUCUCUUAAACUAAUCUUGACACAUCUCAGAGUUUCUAGAUUCGCAGUAUCUGUGAGAUAAUUGCCCUAAGCUUCACUACAAUCGGACACGGAGUUCUGCUCCGGAACAACCUGCCAAUUGCCAGAAACCAUCAUCUGGCAAUUGUUCGGAUAAAUUGCGAUGCGAUGCGCCACCUUAGCAUUCCAAGCCAAGCUACCAGUGGGCAAAGCCACCAGUAGACGGCCACUAGAAGUCCAGUAGCCAGGCCCAGCCCACACCGUAGCAGCCACCGCUACCCAGGGUCCACUAAGGGUCCUGCCAGGGUCGACCUGCCACAGCAGCACCACGCCAGCGUAGAAACUGCCCCUGAAACCACUUGCUCCCUCACGAAAAACGGGGAAGGUCGAUCCGCAAUGGUAUAAAAGGAGCACCAUGCCCCAACCACAAACAGCACCAAUAGCACAUCCAACACGUUACAACACACACAAUGACUGACUGGUACAACCAAACCUUAAGCCAACUCGACGACCUCGAAUACAUCGAGUUGCCCCAGUUCCAAGUCGACACCGCCUGGACCAUCGGCAACCACGCACGUGACAUUGCCGUCAGCGAGUUCGCCAGCAAGUCGGUGGUUAUCGACAUCAGAUUGACCUCGGGCCACGUGUUGUUCCACACCGUCACCGGCUCGGGCGCCACCUUCGACAACGACGAGUGGGUCAGAAGAAAGGCCCAGACCGUGUUCAGAUUCGGCAAGUCCAGUUUCUACUGGGGCCAGAAGUUGAGAUUGAAGGGUAACACUCUCGAACAGAACAACUACAUCUCGGAAGAAAACUACGCCACCCACGGUGGAAGCAUCCCCAUCAGAGUCAAGGGCGUUACCGGCGUUGUCGGCGCGUUGACCAUCAGUGGUUUGGCACAAGAACAAGACCACGAGCUUGCAUUGAAGGUAUUGGGCAAGUUUGCUUAA